AUGAAUAACCGCCACGACGCGCUCACCCCUCCGCCCGCGCCUCCACCGACCCUUCUACCUGCCCCUCUGCUCGCCAACGCGGCGCCCGCUCCUGCGCCAGCCCCUCUGCCUGCCGCUGCCACCGCCUGCGCCCGCCGCUCCUGUACCGGCCCCUCUGCCUACCGCUACGCCGCCUCCGCCGCCCCUGCGCCCGCCGCCGCCGCCGCAGCCGUCAAUGCCCUCGUGGCGGCCAACACGCCGCACUUUUCACGGUGCCCGUGCGGGGACACUCACCUCUGCCCCUUGCCCCUAGCCGACCCUGCUACUUUGUGA